AUGGGGAAGAAUCAAGGCUGCUUCUGGGGCUGUCUGCAUUACAUGUUUGAUUAUCAAACCACAAAAACGCUGGUUAUUCCAAACUUAGGGGUAGGAGUCUUUUUCAGGUUUUCCCAGCUCCUGGUGGUUCUGUACGUGGUGGGGUAUGUGUGCGUGGUGCGGAAGGCCUACCAGGAGAAGGACUCUGUCAUCAGCAGCGUCACCACCAAAGUCAAAGGCUUCGCCUUCACCAACACGCCUGACAUGGACCCCCGGAUUUGGGAUGUGGCCGAUUAUGUCAUCCCGUCUCAGGGCGAUAAUUCCUUCUUUGUUUUAACCAAUAUGGUUAUUACCCCACUUCAAACUCAGUCACGUUGUCCGGAGAUCCCCGACCCAUCGUCCACUUGUGUGGAUGACGGUGACUGUAUCGAGGGAUACAACAACCCCCGAGGCAACGGCGUACGCACAGGACUGUGUGAGAACUAUUCCACGACGGCCCAGACCUGUCAGGUGCGCUCAUGGUGCCCUCUUGAAGUAGACACUGAGCUUCCAGAACACGCACUGCUGGCUGCAGCGGAGAACUUCACUGUGUUGAUCAAAAACACCAUCACUUACCCAAAGUUCAACUUCCACCGAAGAAACAUCCUGUCACACAUUAACUCCUCAUACCUGGCGGGGUGUGAAUUCAAUCGAGCGACAGACCCCGACUGCCCCAUAUUCCGCCUCAAACACGUGGUUUCAGAGGCCGGAGAGGAAUUUCAAGACAUGGCUGUGAAGGGCGGCGUCAUCGGUGUCAUUAUUGACUGGAGCUGUGACCUGGACUGGUGGGCAGGGAAAUGUUUCCCCAAGUACAGCUUCCGCAGGCUGGACAGUAAGAAUCCGGUCCACAAUGUGGCACCUGGCUACAACUUCAGGUUUGCAAAAUACUACAAGGACCAAAAUGGAACGGAGAUAAGAAGCUUAAUCAAAGCAUACGGGAUCCGGUUUGAUGUCAUUGUCUUUGGAACUGCAGGGAAAUUUGGAAUUGUGCCAACCAUAGUGAAUUUGGGUGCGGCAUUUUCAAUCCUCAGUUUGCUUCCCAGGGUUUCUGACUGGUUUAUGUUGAAGUUCACGAGGAAAAGAGAUAUUUAUAGCAAAUUUAAAGUUACACAUCUGAAUGAGGACGCUGUCACUGAGGCUGUGUCGAUGGGAACAAGCUAUGGAACGCAGUAGCACGCUCACAUUCACUUUAUUUUCAUUAAAGGAUUUCUUGGGGAAUUGUUCCUCUUCCAGUGUGAUGGUCAGAUGCUAGAGGACGUCAGGAUGUAAAGCUCUCUGUAGGCUUAAUUGGGAUUUUA